AUGAAGCUGCAGUCUGACGAUCUGAGCCUGCUGGACGCACGCGACCUACUAAACGGUCUGUUGGAGGUCAUGCCGUCGUUCGUUAACUACCUGGACCCAAAAGCUGAAAUUGUGCACUCACCCGACUUUGAGUCGGGUGUCGUUAAGGUGCUACGUGGUCAAGUCAACAGGCUGAACAGGGCUGAAAAGUCCUCUCUCCUACCUUUUGUUCGCCGAGCUCCCCCACCAGCUCGCGUAGAGGACACGGCCAAGGUCGGCUUUGCGGAGCGAAUCCUCAAGCGCCGCAAUCCGCAUGGCUUCCAGGGUGGGGCUCACGAGACCAAACAUGUUUUCAUCUAG